AGGAUGUCCGGGUGUUGACUUUACUUUUUAACGCCUUGGCAUUCCUUUGUUCUCUGACAUCUCACCGACUUUUACUUCCAUAAUGAAGGUGGUACACUGCAAGCCCAUCUUGUGCCUCUACUGUCUGUAACCACUCAUACGGAAGUAUGGAGAGUACGUAAGUUUUUAAUUUUGGUUUGGGAAUUAUUUUUUACUUCAGAGAGCAUCAAUACCAUAUUGCUGCGUCUGUUUUAGUGGCAAUUGUACAUGCUGAGCUGAGCCACCCGUAAGCACGACUCAACAAUGAAGUCGGAGCUGUUGUUAUACCUGCCACAGCCGGCAGCAAGGACAGCUACUACCCACCGAACUGCUUCAGUUGCCGCCCUUGUCUGUUCACUGCUCUUUGUCUUCUCGAGCUUACACUUCUGGGAUGACCUCCCUUAUUUCACUGCCCUGCACGGGCAGGGACAUAUAUCGUACAGACAGCUUCAACAGAUCCUCCAAGAAACCCCUAACGGCACAAAGGUCAGAGAGUGGACUAGCUACUAUGGGAGCGGACUCCAUUUAGCCGGGACAAACGAAAGUCAGGCUUUGUGGACCCGAGAUAGGUGGAAAGAAUUUGGGGUUCCAAAAGUCCAAGUUGUGCCCUACGAUGUAUAUCUGAAUUAUCCAGUCCAUCAGAGUCUCACUCUGUUGAAGCAGAACGGCUCAGACGUAAGCCGGCUCUACGAAGCGCGAUUGCGAGAGGAUCUCGGUGAUAAUGGCAAUCUUGGUGCCCGGUUUCCAUCCUUCCACGGUUAUUCGGCUAGUGGAAACGUCAGCAGGCAGUAUGUCUAUGCGAAUUUCGGCACUCGGGAGGACUACGAUGAGCUCCUCAAUCUAGAUGUUGAACUAGAAGGAAUGAUUGCGAUAGUUAAAUACGGGAUGGUCGGGCGCAGUGUCAAAGUCCAGGUCGCAGAGGAAUUCGGCAUUGCUGCUGUGAUUAUGUAUACUGAUCCUCAGCAAGAUGGGGAAAUCACAGAAGAUAACGGCUUCGAGGCCUUUCCAAAUGGACCUGCCCGUAACCCAACAACCAUCGAGCGAGGCUCAGUUGUUCUACACUUACCUCCGCUUGGUAAUUUCACGCCUUCUGAUUGUCCCUCAAGGGAAGAAUAUUUGAGGAGAAAACUCUCCUUGCCAUCUAUCCCCUCGAUUCCGAUCUCCUUUGCAGAUGCGCUCCCCUUUCUUAAAGCUCUCAACGGCCAUGGCCCUAAAGCAGACAACAUUGGACAGGGUUGGCAAGGUGGUGGGCUUGGUUAUAGGGGAGUGCAAUAUAACGUCGGCCCUUCCCCUAGCCACUUGAUCGUCAAUCUAGACAGCCUUCAAAACUUCACGAUAACUCCUAUCUGGAACGUUAUUGGGUCAAUCCCUGGACAGAUCGAAGACGAAGUCAUCAUCAUAGGCAACCACCGAGACUCAUGGUCGCCUGGUGGUGGCGAUCCGAACAGUGGCUCGGCUGCAAUGAACGAAGUGAUCCGCAGCCUCGGACUGGCACUUCGACGCGGCUGGAAGCCUCGACGAACAAUCAUGUUUGGGAGCUGGGACGGCCAAGAAUAUGCCCACCUAGGCUCUACAGAAUGGACAGAGGCUAAUCGUGCUUGGCUCUCAGGGCAUACGGUCGCAUACCUUAAUGUCGUUGUUGCGACAAGCGGCAAGACCUUUAGAAUACACUCUAGUCCUCUACUCCGCCCGGUCAUUGAAGAUGCGAUGGGUAGUGUUCUGUCACCAAAUCAAUCCGUCAAAGGUCAGACGUUGCUUGAGGAGUGGGACGGUAAAGUCUCCCCCGGAAGCAGCAGCGAUGGUGCCAUAUUCCUGGACUCCUUGGGGAUAAGUAGCCUUGACAUGGGUUACGCAGCUGGGUCCAAAGAUCCCAUCUACCCUUACCACUCUGCUUUCGAUGGCCUCAAUUGGAUGGAUAAUUUUGGAGAUCCCACUUGGGAGUACCAUACCGCGGUCGCAAAAGUGUGGGCUUUGAUGGUAGGUGCGCUGUCUGAAAGUCCUAUACUUCCACUCAGUGUGAAGGAGUACGUUACCGAGCUCCAGGGCUUCGUGAGAAUACUCAAGAGCAAGAUAGUCCCCGAAUCAUCAGAUGUAUUCAGCUUCUUACCCCUCGAGGAAGCGUUGAUGGUGCUCCGUGCUGCUGGAGAGGAGUUUGAAGCGCAAGCGGACGCCCUGCGGGCAAAGUCAUUUGACACGAACCCGAGGAGUACAGAGGGGCUGGUACGGGAGAUAAAUCGCCGGUACAAAGGUUUCGAACGUCAAUUUAUCUACGAAGCUGGCUUAGAUGAUCGACCUUGGGCAAAACACGUUGUUUUCGGGCCUGCCGCCUAUUAUGCGAAUGCAGAUCCGUUCCCUGGACUCGCUUCGAGCCUUACUGCUGGCAAUAUGAGCAAUGCAAAGAGAUGGCAAGAGAUAAUCGUUACAAGAAUACAUGAUGCCGCCACGUCACUGGACAUUGACAAAAGUAUGGACCUAUAUGGCGCAACUACCUACUGAAACUUGAUAUUCUGCGACUUCAUCCAGCGCUUUACGCUCUCUAUUCUUGCUUAUAGGAGCGAGUAUCAAUACAAUGAUAUUACAGCUAGCUAGGUUGAAGCAGAGUUAGUUGAUAUAAAUUAAGACAGUAGAGCUAUCAUGUAGUAUCACCAAAUAAUAUGCUCAUUCUGGAAUAUCCUUUGAUAUCGACCAAAGACCCAGAAAAAGUCUCCAGUGGAUGCCUAACGUGUAGCUAACAGUAUAAAGAGG